GACAUUUCAAGUAGUUUCUCUUGAGUUCUCUGGUAAUCUUUUUUCUAAAUAGAUGAUUGAAAAUGGGGAUGACCCAACCCUUUUUUUGUAAUGUGUCGUAGUCCUUAAUUUGUUUUGUUAAUUCUUGAGGAAGGCACACAAUUCAAAUUUGUCUGUGAAAGGUAACAAAAAAACUAAGCACGGGUCUGAUGGGGGUAGACUACCGAGGCAUUCGUGUCUUUGACAUUGUAAUGUAACACAGCCCCAGAACACGAACCCACCCACACACACACACACACCUAGACACUGCACAGACACGCAUGUCCAGUUCGGUUGGUCAGUGUGCUCCCACUAUAAAUAUAUAUAUACACCCAGACUGCAACACACACAGCACACAUACCCAGACUUCAGUUAUUGGAACAAGUUCAAGAUUUUUCAAGCCACUGGUCAGCCUCUCUCUGGUCAGUUUCUCUCACGUGUGAUGACCGAUACCUCCUCAUGCUGGGCUGGCCAGCGCUGGACAUAGCUGGACAUAUCACGCCUCUUCUCUAUGAUACCCCGAGCCACACGCCCACCGCAAUGGCCGCAACCAGUACCUCACAUCAGCCCGUCCAGAAACCCACCUCAACCCAAGGUCACAUGCAAUCACCACCGCCCAACUCUUGCUGUCAGGUCUGCGGCGACAAGUCUUCAGGAUUCCACUACGGCGUCUUAGCCUGUGAAGGAUGCAAAGGCUUCUUCAGGAGAAGCAGCAAAAGAGAAAAGGAGUACACAUGUCGUCAUGGCAACGGUCACUGUACGAUAGGGAGGAUGAAUCGCAACAGAUGUCAGCAUUGUCGCUUUAAGAAGUGCUUGGCGGUAGGCAUGUCAAGAGACGGUAAGACAUCUGUUAGGUACGGCAGGGUUCCUCAGAGGGGUAAGAAGAACGGACCGGUAGCGGGCUUAUCACCGGGCGGGGCCACGGCGAUGCGGAAGAAGAGCACGGACUCUGAAUACGGGCCCAGCGACACGGACGACAUCCUCCAGCCGUUCCCUCCCAUGCCUGUCAACGGUUCGACCUUUGACCUGACCCCGCCCCAUUCUAUGCUACCGAUGGGGGCGGACCCGUCGUUGCACCUCAAGCAGGCCGAGAUGUACGAGCUAGUAAACACGAUAUCGUAUGCUUUCCGUAUGACGUGUUUGUAUACACCAUCCAGUGCACCGUUUCUCAGGGGCUUCACGUUUCCUCAGGAAAAUCAAAACUCUCACUUUCCGAGCGAAGACAUGGAUGCUCGGGGUCGAAAUCAGUGGGUCCAGUUGGCCCAUAUUCUUGACCAAGCCGUCAGCGGUCAAGUGGAAUUUGCCAAAGCCAUUCCAGGGUUCAGGAAUUUGACCCAGGAUGACCAACUGCUCUUACUGAAAUCUAGUUUCUUUGAAAUGUGGGUUGUAAGGAUCGCCCCUCUCCUCAUGAUUCCUUCCGCCCCCCACACCAACAAUGGAAUGGGUCCGUUGAUGGCAUCACUUACCAUGGACAUGCACCACUCCCCAUCAUCUGGGGUCAACGGCAUGGGUACAGGGUCGUUACUAUGGCAACAGCUCUACCACGUGUUCGGCAGCGACCUCUACCACGCCAUGCAUCAGUUUUCGCAAGAGUUCAAUCAGCUGGGUUUGCUGGAAACGGAGGUGGCGCUGUAUGCAUCUUCCCUACUAGCAGCAAAUGAUAUCAUGGGUUUAAGCAAUCCGCAAGCAGUGGCGGAGCUUCAACACCAGCUGGUCGAAGCCCUUCAGGUCCAAGUUGACGGCAACCACCCGUCAGCCGCCGCCCCACUCAUGGCGACCCUCUACGGGCGGGUCCAGGAGCUGAGGCGAAUCGGUGGCAUGCAUCGGGACUUCGUGAUGGGGUGCUCGCAACGCUGGCCCGACCUCUGCCCCGGGCUUCCUGCGCUAUACACCGAAAUGAUGGACAUAACGGUGAUGUGAUGGAGGGAAGGAGAGGAUGGCGGAGGAGCGGAAAGCAGAAAGGCAACUCUGAGUUAUCAUCUACAAGAUGAUAGCUGUUCUAGUGAUAGUAAGGAUUGAUGGUCGAAGGAAAGAACUGAUGACUUCAUGCUACUAGGAAUGAAAAAAAAGAAAGAAAGAACUUUCAUGUUUGACCGAGAAAAGGAAGGAAUGUUGGAUGAGAAGAGUUACUGUAUUUAGGUUGGAAUGUUUAAUGGUUGUACAUGUACUCACGGCUGCAGGAUAUCCUAUGGAAAGAGAGAAAUGAUAUAAAAUAUGAUAUGCGGACAGAAAAUCAACUUCUUUAGGAUAUCAAAUAAGUGCAUCUUAUGUUACCCAAAGACAGUUGGUUUUAAAAAUGUGACCACAGAGAAUUGGGUAUAAAGCUUUAGACAAUUGGAAAAUAACCUGAAGGUAAAUAAGGGUCAUGACCUUAUGACCAUAAGGUGAAUAAGGUCAUGACCUUAAGAUAAAUGAGGUCAUGGCCUAAAGGUUUAUGAUGUCAUGAUGUUAAAGUCAGGGAGGUCAUGACCUUAAAAUAAAUAAGGGUCAUGACCUUAUGCCCUUAAGGUGAAUAAGGUCAUGACCUUAAAAUAAAUGAGGUCAUGGCCUUAAGGAUUAUGAUGUCAUGAUCUUAAAGUCAGGGACAUCAUGACCUUAAAAUAAAUGAGGUCAUGACUUCAUGGUGAAUGAGAUCAUGACCAUCAGGGUUAUGAACUAAUGGCAGAUAUGAUUUAUAUUCAGGGUUUAUAAGGUAAAGUUCCAGAAGAUACUCUACGUGUAGUAAGGAACAAGCAGCUUUUAAACAGAACAUGGGAUUCGAAAGGCCCAGAUUUGAAAACUUUAUUGGCCAAAUGAGAAAUUCAUUGCAAGGUCAAAGGUCAGAGGUCAACAUUAGAAAUUCACGUAAAGAUAACAUUUUAUCUUGCACAGCAGAGAGCAAAGAGAUGUUUCAUCCCGGUGAAAAUACGGGGAUCGAAAAACAAGAUUUAUGUAGAUGGUCAUAGUUACAGUAGCGUUAAAGAUGGUUAUGGUAGUAAUAAAGAAAAAAGAGGAAAAGGAAAGUGACUUGUUUAUUAUCAUCAGUGUGAAGAUAAGCAGAACGUCGCCGAUCGAUGUUAAAGUUGCGUGUAGUCCGAGCAGUGUAAACCAGUAUUUCUUUGUUUGUCAUGUGGAAAAACAUUUUUUAUGGUUGGUUGUUUUUGCGUAUAAACUCAAAAUGUAUACUGCCGAGAAUUUAUCUCUAAGAUGAUGGCAGCAAAUUAUUCAAACUGUGUGUGAUUUUUCAGAAAAUACAAGAAGAUAUACAGUUCAGGGGCAUUUUAUUAUGAAGCAAGCGUUUUGUUUUUUUUGCUUUUAGCAUUUAACUUUGUAAUAUAAAUAUAAAUAUAUAUAUAUAAAUAUAUAUAUAUAUACACGCAUUAAUGUGAGCUAACUAUAUAUGAGUCUAUCUUGCUUAAAAAUCGGUUUUUCCUGAUUAGUAUGCGCAUAAUUAUGUGGAUAAGGUGCCAAAAAAGAAUGUGAUGUGUUUUGAUUUAGAGAAGUGGGUGGAAGUUGGACAUCAAAGUUACGCCUUUCUUCCGCUCAUUUAUGUAGCAAAUGGACUUUUUGUAUCGCAAGUUA